AUGUGUUACUACCUCGCCAAGAACCACAAAGUCUACGAGAAAUUGAAGUCUGAGAUCAGAAGCAGCUUCGACACUCGCGAAGGAAUGACGUUGGCGAGGCUUGCCAAUCUUGAAUAUCUCAACCUCGUCAUCCGGGAAGGACUUCGAAUGUUCCCACCGGCCGCCGACAUCUUCCCUCGCAUCAUUCCGGAAGGAGGCGAGUUCAUCAUGGGGAACUUCCUCCCAGAAGGACUAAGUAUAAGUGACAAUUAG